AUGAGAUUUUUCCUUUCGGGUGCUGCUGCACUCUUUGCAACUACGGCGCUGGCCAGUCCAGUAUCCAAUGAUGUGCUCGCAAAGCGAGAUGAUCGUGGUCACUAUACCGUGUCUGGCCUUGGACAGCACAAGAAAGCGAUUCUUGAUGCUGGUGGCAAUACUCUCGAUAUUGCCAUUGCCAUGCUCGAGAUAGAGGACAUGGUCACUUCCCAUUAUCCAUAUGGCGACAACAAGUCCCAAGACUCAGCAAAUUUCGGUCUGUUCAAGCAGAAUUGGGGCAUGCUCCGCGUGUGCGCCUCGCGCUAUGGCUUUGCUGGGCAGUCCGAGUCGCAGUGGAACAAUGGAGCGCUUCUCAACUCCAAUGUUUGGGCCGACGUCGCCUCCCGCUGGGACUGCCAGGGCUACUACGGGUAUGACAAGUGGUUUGCUGGCCACCGUAACGGUGCUAGCGGCCUUCAGAAUCCUUAUACCCAGGACAUUCAAAACUACAAAUCUGCUGUUCAGUGGAUUCAGCAGCAGAUCGACGGCAACGACGGUUACAAGUAUGACGAUACUCGCUUCUGGGUCGAUGUUCCUGCCAUCUAG